CUCGUGUUAUGUGUUUUUACUGACAAUGGAAGGAAUGAAGGUGGAAGAGAGUCCGGUCCGCGCGCUGUAAAACCAGUGCAAUGGGCGCGUAGAUAAAACUCGUUAAUCUAGGAAGGCAGUUCAUCUAAGUGAGUGAAAAUUGAUUAUUUCAGACCUCAACCGUUCUCCAGUCAUACCCAUUCAUAGCAAAGAUUUGGGGAGUAAACCCUGAGGACGAAUGCAAAGCUUAAGCUGUGACAACUUCAAUUGCACUGGUGCCAAGCUGAUUUGGUCCUUCUCUUAUACAUCAUCGAUGAUGUAGAGAGAGGUGAGAGUUAAUACAUAGACAAUUCCGUGUCUUCCGUAGCACUUCGUCUGAGAGAGAACACGCCAGCAAUCGUAUACAAUGGAAACUAGCAGUUUACUCAUCACUGAAUUCUCCAGACACUUUUUUUCUGCGAGUACAGUCUCAAACAAGACUUUUCGAGUGUAGAUCCUUGGUAUCGCGAAACUAACGGUUACGGAAGAAGAAAUAAGGAAAUAAUUUAAAAAAAAAACAGUUUCAAACAAAAUCCUUGUCUUUCUGUUUUUAAUACUGAUAAUAAUUGCUAACCAAUUAACAUGAACGUCAGAAAAAAAUAAACACAAAAAUAACAAACAAACAAAAAAGACAACACAGCGCAGAGAUAUACCGAGCGGAAUACUGUUUCUGUUUAUAUUCUGUUAUUCUGUUAAACGUGUUUAGUAAAACCUGAAACUCCGCCCAUUCUACUUGAUUGACAGAUUGAGAAACAUUUUAACAAACAAGUCACAGCAUGGCUGAGAGACGGUACGUCCCGGAGGAUGUGGUGGAAUAUUCUCUUUUCCCAUUUGUUUCUGACCAUUUAGAUGAUUUGAAAGCACAAGAAUAUUUGGAAGAACAGAAGGACAUAUUUUUGGCUCAUCUCAGUCCAUUAUUAGUUGAUUAUAUCUGGCAGAAAGAGCCUUUUAAACUAAAAGCCGUCGUCGGAGAUGAAUCCACCCCACAUCAUCUACAUGGCUGCACCCAUUUUGGUGACAAUAUUCAAGAUGAGUGGUUUGUGGUUUACCUGUUGUGUCAGUUGACACAACAUUUCUCAGGUCUUGUUGCUAAAGUUAGUGACAAUGAUGAGGAAUUCCUUCUGAUCGAAGCGGCUGAUGUACUACCAGAAUGGCUUAAUCCUACCACUUCUGAGAACAGAAUACUUAUCAAAGAUGGUGAAUUACACAUAAUUCCAAUGCCAACAUCAUCCAAAGAUUUAGAUUGGUUACCGUUGUUCACACCUACACUCCAAGAAGCAAUUCAAGCCAUACAUCAACAUUCUAGUGAAACUCUGGCAUCAGCAGAAAUACGGAAAGUCAUAAAACAACGACUAGAAUGUUACCCAGAAAAAAUCACGCAAGACUUUCAUUCUGCUUAUUGUUACAUUCCUGCUGGAUUGGCCGUAGCCUUGACACAACGUCCGUCUCUUAUAGCUGCUGGUGUUAAUGCAUUUUAUUACAGAGAUCCUGAUGAUUUAAAGGCUUGUCGCUCCUUCCGUUAUUUUCGUCCAGGAACAAGAGUCAUGACAUUAGUAAAGUUUACUCGCUGUUUGUAUGCACAACUUGUCCAACAGAACUUCCAACCCCACAGGGAGAGUGGCUGGAUUUUACCAAGUUCUUCAAACCCUAAACAUAAAGCUCAUGAAUUGGGGAUGAAAUUAGCUCAUGGUUUUGAGAUCCUUUGUUCCAAGUGUACAAAUCCUAACUUACAGAAUGGGGAAAGUAAUGACAACAGGAACAUACCUGAUGUUAGAUUACAGCGAUUUAUAUCAACCCUCACUGAUAAAGGAUAUUUUAAGGGAGAACUUGAAGGAUCUGUACUAUACAAUGAACAUUUGGCGAAAGCAAAACAGUAUUUUAAAGACAAUCUUGAUCACACUCCUUGUAACACAGAGCAACUGGGAUGUACGGUGCUAGAUUUGAUUCAUCAGAUUCCUUACAGCAUUGAGGAACUCAGACUCCAAGAAAGGCUACUGCCACCAGAAGAUGAUGACUCUUGGCUGUAUGUUAGUCCACAAGAAGUUGAUGCUAUGAUUUUGAAAGCUGGUGGUAAAGAUCCCUCAAGAUGUGAAAAGUCUUUUGAUCCAAAUCAAGUAUCAAACAGCAUGAAAUCCUUUGUGGACACUGUCUCAGACUAUGAAGGAGCUGAAUUUCCAAAAGAAUGCUUGGAAGAUGAUAUCAACUUUGAUUCCACAGGAUUUAUUCAUGCCAUGAAUAAAGUUUUUGAAUUUGAUGAAAUCAGUUCUGACAGCAGCUCAGAAAUGGAUGAGUAUGAUUGGAAUUCUUCAGAUGAAGACACUUCUAGAACCAGCUCCAAUUCCAGAAGUGAAAUGAAAUCAUAUCUUAAAGAAAUGGAUCUGGAAUUAUCAAAGACUACAUUAGGGAAAAGUUUUGAAUGUUCGAACAAAAAAAGCAAACCACCACGACCACCUCCCCCACAAAAGAUUUCGGAGUCUUUGCCAAAGAAAUCAGCUCCAUCACGACCUCCACCACCACCACCACCGCCAAAAGUACAGCCAGUCCCUCCAGCUGAGUCGGUUCCUCAUAAUGGGUCCAAGCAAUCGCCUGAUGACAUAGAUGAUGAAGACGAAGGAUUUAGGCCUGUUAACAUUGAUGUGAACAUAGUAAAGAACCUGUUGGCUUCUCAUAAUGUUCAGCCAGGCCAACCUGGGCCUGCAACAAACAUUUUGUCUUCAAUGGGUGUAGACCUUCACCAAGGCAAAAAGAAAGAGAUGUUUAUGAAUCGAGCUGGAAGCAAAUAAAAUGAAUUAAACUGAUAUGUGCCACUAUUAUAUAUCCAUUAUAUAUAUGCAAGGUGGCCCAGAAGUCACAAGACCAUUUUAGUGGCUUUUUGGUCACAUACACACACACACAUACAUACAUAUAUAUAUAUUCACACACACACACACGUAAUUUCUCUUUCUUUGCAGAACAUUCACCAAUAUUGACAUUAGAAAUCUCUCUGUAUACAUUUAGAAUUCAUUAAUUCUGGUUGUUGCUGUGUAUAUAAUGCUGCUCCAUACCACUAUUUCGGUCAUAGUUAUUCUUACCUCUGUCAUUUUCAUAUUACAUUCUCCUCUUUCCCACCAAAGUUUAACAUUGUUUAUUUCAUGUUUUCUAAGUUUGCAAAAUUAUAUAUUUGUUUCCCUACAUAUAUUUUGUUUGAUCAUGAGCUACAAACAUAGGUUUGAAACUCUGUGCACAUUAAACCAUUUGGAGAAUCACUUUAAGACUGGAUUUGUGGAGUUUAUCUAGGGUCAAGUCUACCUGAUGGAACUUGCUUAACACCAAUUUGCAUUCCUCAGCAAAUAUUUUACUCAGCACCUCGGGUUAAUGAGACAUUGUUAGUUUUACAAUUCUAACAUUGCUUUGGAUGGUGAGAUUUAGCCUCCUAUAGUGCCUAUUUUCAUCUUGGUGGAUUGGGCUAUUUAGAGUUAAGUGUCUUUGCUACAGAUCUAUAUAUAUAUAUUCAGUGCCAGCCAAAGGAAACAAACCAUUGACAUUUUAAUCAAUAGGUCAACAUUUUAUUGACUCUGCCAUUUAUAACCCUCAUAGAACAUGGCUUACUCAGAAUACGGAAAGUCAAAACGAUCUUGUGUCAAUUACAGGAGAUUGUAGAUUAGUCAGUCAAAUUUUAUUGCUCAGAAUUUAAAUAUCUACGGAACCUAUCAGAAAUAUUUCUUUUCGAAUUCUAAUUUCCACAUUUUUUUCAUUAACAUCAAUUUAUGAAACCACAAUGCAUCCAUCUUUAUUCAUUUUGAAAAUUUACAAUUUUAUUCUUAUUUUGACCCAAAUUUUCAUUAAAUAUUUCGAUUUACGUACUCAGUUCACAUCUCAAAUCACACUGAUUUUUAAAAAUUCAUUUGGUUUUUUUACACGAUUGACACAUGAAAAAAAUAAUUAAGAAUUAUUUUCAUUAGAGCAGAAAAUCUCUAUAAUCUCUUAAAAACUUCCUAGUAAAUGCUAGUCUUAAAGGCUUCAUAGUGGAUGUCACUUUAAGGCAAUGAAUUAAAAAGGAUCCCUAAAUGAAAGGAUCUUUCAAUGAAACUAGUAGAAGAUAAAUUCAACAUUUCCUGUUUUAAUGUACAAAAUUUUAUCAAUUUCUCUAACAUUUGCGCAAAUGUAUAUAUGUUUUUUUUAAUCUCUUAUAUUCUAUCGAGUUAUUUCAAAGACAAAAAAUAACUCUUAUUACAAUAACCGUUUUUACAUGCUUCAUCUUCACUUGGCACAUGAUAAAGAAUUUUGUGAUUUUUAUUUUAUAUUUAUUUUUUACACUAGAAAGACGUCUCGAAAGACUCUAGUAAAAGUGCUUGAUGCCAAACUAAUGCCAUGCUACCUAUAUAAUCUGUGGAGUGGUUUUAUUCAGCUUAUUGAUAUUUGGUUGAUUUUCACUUGAAAAAGAAAAAAAAACCAUACUGUGUGAUAAUAUUUACCAUUGCUUUUCUUUAAGAAAAGUUUUCUCUUCUCCCUCCCUAAUUUUGCUUAACGUUUUAUUUUGUUGACAAUUCUAAUUUUAAUUGCAUGCAAGAUGAAACACAAAGAAUGACUGGUCAAGAAUUUUCUAGACCAUGAUUUUUGCCCCGAAUUGAAGGCAGUACAAAUUUAAAGCUGACAUCUUCUUGUUCCUAGUUCUCUUGACACUGGGAGUGUUACUUCUUGAGCUGGACAGCUGUAAAGGAAUUGUGAUAACUUUCCAGGGGACAGUGUCAUGUGAUAGGAUCUUUUAUAAAAGCAAUUAAUUAGAACAACAGUCUUUCCAGAAGGUUCGAGGAGUCAAUUAAUUUUGAAAUUAACCUCUAUCUUUAAAUAGCCUUUAUUAUAUAAUCCCAAAUCUUUAAAGAUCUGCUUAUCCAGAAAAUACCAGUUAGGUGCUAUUUAGAUAUGUAGAAACCAAAAUAUAACAAAAUGUUUGUUUUGUCUUUGGUGCCAGCCGUAUAUUUUUGUAUCUGAAAUUCUAUUGUUAUCUUGUAAAAUACAACUAAAUAAAUAAAGCAAUUUUUUUUUCUUACAAA